AUGGAAAAUUAUUUUGAAAAAAAGCGCCGAGAAAAUAAAAGUCGUAUGAAGAAUGAGAUGGUGGAUAAUAUGAGUCGUAACGUGAAGCCAAAAAACGUCCAUCACAAAAUCACGGAGAUCAGUCUCGAGGACGAGACUUUGACGCUAUGGCGACCUUCCGUCGACAACAAUCAGUACCGCCUAAUGCCGGAAAAUAUCGAUCAAGGAGACUGGGAAAACUUUCGUCCUUUGUACUAUCACAAAUUCGACUGCAUCAGCAGUGUUCUCCCCUUCGAUGAUGCAAUUCCUGUGAUUGCCAAUCAAGCGACCACCCUCGUUCCCACGCAUGACUACUCCAUACUUAGGGAUUAUCCUCGAAUCCGGGGUUUGUGGUAUCAACCAGAAAAGGCCGACAUUAUUAGCAUUGAUGACGAAUCGCGUGUGGGCAAUGUUAAGUUUUCAAUCUUUUUCCCGCGCUCUGACCAUGACCAUCUGAUAAGCCAGUUGAACAUGUACUUUUUAGAAGUCAUGGACUAUGAGUCUGACGAUAAGUCUGUCUCACGUUUUCUACUGACGAAAAACGAAUAUCCCGAUUUGCCCAUAUAUGAUAGUAAUAAGCCAGGCGGACCGGUGUUCAUAGAAAAACAUGACACGCUUGACGGAGUGUUAGAAACAUACUACUUCCUACGUAUAUGUACCAGCUACACCGGUCGAAUAAUGGAACAUGAGGUUGAGUUUAUGUUGGAGGAAGAUCCCUGGCCUCUUUGUCAUAUUUCGUCAGUGACACAUAAACCGUUCAAGCCACCAAUCAAUAUUUUGAGUUUGAAGGAGAACCUGGAUGUAGAAACAUGUGUCAAACUAAACACGCGAUUCCAGGCUUCGACUUGGGAGGACACAUUGGCUGGCCUGUUCGCCUGGUCCCUUAGAACACAUCUUCAUUGGCUUGUCUACGAGAGACUUCACGAGAAUAUUAAAGGAACCGUAACUCUUACUGCCAUGACGUCACCAUUGGAAACGAUUUCCGUCCCACGCAGAGCAGUCGUUUGCAGCCGGAAGUUGGAUUUGCUCAUUGAACUUAACGCUUUUAUUGUAAAAUGCCAAAAUGACAAAGACUUACAAGAUCUCAAGAACCUGUUCUGUUCCCUUCACGAAUGUGAUGACGCGUGCCCACUCGUUAGUGUGCGUCAAAUUGACAUGCAUCAAGUGAUGCCGCCAUACUUAUGUUUGCUAGAGCGCGUGAUAGCCAGUAAUUAUAUCCCACUCCGACGUCAGAUUGUGACGGCCAUGUUGCCUUGGCCUUUGCUAGCAUUUUACUUCGCAGAUUUGAAGAUUGAUAGUUGUAGGAAAAUGAUCGCGUUUAUUAGUCAAGUUGACGGAAUUUGUCAGGAAUUUCCCGGGGAUUUCACUUACCCACUUACAAGUACUCAGGACUUUAACUGCAAUCUUACCAUGGACUACACUGAAAAAACCUCGGGAUUCGAAUCUCUCUCCUCCGUCACAGACCUGGAUGCCGACAGCGACGAGAGUGUAUAA